AUGCUAGCAGCAGAUAACAAGAAUUCUUAUGUUUUUGGGAGAGCGGGCCAUAGGAUGGGGAUGGGCCACAUGAGCUUGGUUCCUGGGCUGAGCCAGCUGAACCAAUCGAUUGGGGCUGGAAUUAUUGUGAUUUGGACCUCGUUUGGGCCAAGUCUUGGGCCGCAACUGAGAAAUAAGAGGGCCGAGUUGGAGUCUGGGCCAAAGUUUGGAAGGAACCAGACUCUGAUACCAGUCUAUGGGCCGACACCUGAGCAAGUUGAGCCGCAUCUGCAAACUCCAAUUGGGCUUUUCUGGGGCUGUCUAGUUGAGUCUCUCUUAUAUGGUGUGUGCUUGAAAGAAAAAGAAGAGGGAUAA